UAAGGCGCGGUGCAUUUGGCGAAGGAACCACGCUCAGCUUAGCGUCCUGUCGAUUUGUUUGGACGGCGCGGCGACCAAGCAAUAAUUUCCGCGAUUUCUUCCCUUACUGAUCAGGUAAUCCAUCAUGUCAAGUGAAGAGGAGGCAACGGCUGCCAAUGUCUUGUCCCAGAUGUCCCAAAUUCAACAGUCCAAUCUCAGUCCAUGUGAGACGAUUGAGACCAGUGUAGUGGUCGGCCACCACUGUGAUGUUGAAACAUCUGGAAUACCAGUGGAUGGCAGUCAGCAAGAGCCAACCACCACAGUAGAAGUCACAGCAGAUGUUCUACAACAAGUUCAAGCUGCCUUUCAUACUCAGGAACAACAGAUACAGGAAGAUUAUGUUGAAGUUACUCAGCCCAGUUGCCAAAACCACAGAACCAUGAGUGAUGAUAUGUGCAACGACUGCCAGACCUGCACAGGAGGAAAGUCCUAUACCUGUGAGCACUGUGGCAAGAGAUUCAACAAAUCUUACAACCUGAAGACACACUUGCGUGUCCAUACUGGGGAGAGACCAUACCAGUGUGAAGUGUGUGGACAUGGCUUUGCAAACCUUGGGGAUCUCAAGCGCCACUCCCGUACUCAUACAGGGGAGAAGCCCUUUAAGUGUGAAUACUGUGAAAAGGUCUUCUCAGACUUUGGUAGUCACAAGCGUCACAUACGUCUGCAUACAGGAUACAAACCUUUCAAGUGUGAACAGUGUGACAGAGAAUUCACACGAUUGGACAGCUACAAGAACCACAUUCGCUUGCAUACAGGUGACCGACCAUACAAGUGUGAGACAUGUGGAAAGCAAUUCAAUUACCUUACCACCUACAAGCGACACCUUAACAUUCACAAGGGUGAAAAACCAUAUGCCUGCAAUCUCUGCGACAAGAAAUUCACCCGUCAAAACUACUUGAAGAAUCAUUUGAAUACCCACACCAGGAACAAUGAAUGCCAGACUGAUCUGUCUGUGCUACAGGGCUCGCCGACUUCUCAGGAACUUGAGGGAAUGGAAAGCAGUGAGGAACAGACAGCUACAGAAAACCUGAACAGGGUGGAGGAUCUGGAUGGGGGUAAUAAUGCUGAUGGAACGGAAAAACAAUCAGAGAGCCCUAGCAAGUCUUCGGAGGCCAAGCCCCAUGACGCUUCACUUCUUCAUCAAGUGACCCAGGUGCUUGGGGAGAUAGUACCACAUAACAUCAGUGCCGAGGUGACGGACGGGGCAGGAGGUCCUCAGAUAGUCGUCCAGGGAGCUGACCAGACCGGUGGGGAAUUUAAGAUAACGUUAGCCCAGCAGUUGCUGAUUGCUCAACACCUACUCAACCAAGCGCAAAUGCGGACCGGAGAUUCAGCUACAGUUACUUCACAAGACGGCGAGCAGACAAUUACUGCUGUCACUAUUCCUGACAUUACCCCCGAGUUGGCGGAGCAGAUCGUGAACCAGGCGAAUCUACAACAUACUAGUCACAAUCCAGAUGAAAUACAAGUGAUUGAGCUAUCGAACCAUACAACCCCCUCUACAACUACCAUCACCACAAGCAGCCAGGAAAUCUUCGUUGGUGGUCAACUUGUCACCGUGCAGUCCAGCGAUGUUACCGAACGCGUGAUAGAACAGAGUCACGUGACAUCUGAAGCAGAGUCCAGCAUAAACCAGGGGGACUCGGUGUACGUUGCCAUUGAUCCUUCGCAACCAGAAGUUCAGGAGAUCUUGGGACAGAUUCAGCUAUCGCAGGAGAAUACCGCAGACGUGGUGGUCACGCAAUCGGAAACACAUACGUGACGAAUAAAUGGCUGGUAUGAAGAAACAUUCGGCAUUCUCUAAAAGCUAGCGUUUUGCGUCCAGCCUCGGGAUCCCUGUAGUUUUUCGUGGAAACAUCGCCGACCACCAGAAAACCUGAAACCACAGGGUACCAGCAUAAUGUGUAUUGGAUAUUUUAUGGUUGAAGAGCUAGAAGAUUUGAACCAUUGUGAUCAAAUCGUGUUGUUCAGCUUAUACUAGAGUCCAUAAGUGUAAAUAACCAUAAAGAAGGCAUAUAAUAUGACAUUUGUGUACGUGUUUUAAUUAAACAGCAAUAUUAUCAA